CUCACACGAUCAAAGAUAUGAACCUGGAUGAGGACAGCGGCCUGACCGUCAGCUGUGGCAACGGCAAACUGAGACAGUGGCUGAUCGACCAGAUCGACAGCCGGGGUUACAUCGGAUUGGUUUGGGAAAACGACGAAAAGACAAUCUUUCGGAUUCCGUGGAAACAUGCAGGGAAGCAAGAUUAUAACAGAGAGGAGGAUGCUGCGCUCUUCAAGGCAUGGGCACUGUUCAAAGGAAAAUUUAAGGAGGGUGUGGACAAGCCAGAUCCCCCCACGUGGAAAACUAGGCUACGCUGUGCGCUCAACAAAAGCAACGACUUCGAUGAGUUAGUAGGAAGAAGUCAACUGGACAUCUCAGAGCCCUACAAAGUCUACAGAAUCAUCCCAGAGGAAGCCAAAAAAGGAAUGAAGAUGAACAGUAUGGAGGAGACACCAUCACAUGUGAAUGCCCUUGGCUAUAUUCCUCAGUAUGGCUCCCUGCAUAACCAGGUGCCUGGCUACAUGGUUUCUCAGGAGAGGAGGGAAUGGAGGGAUUACUCGCCGGCCGAACAUCAAGCCCUUGCUCCUCCACAUCACCACGGGCCACAUGCAGAGCUGCAGUACGGCCACUACCCGUCACCCGUCAGCCGCGGCUGGCCCGGGUCACACGCAGAAAAUGGUUUUCAGCUCUCCUUCCACACGCACUUUGCAGAGUCGCAACCCCCCGUGUAUACAAUGGACCACAACAACGCAAUCACAGAUUUCAGCCUGCAUGUGUCCCUGUUCUACAGAGAGUCUCUGGUGAAGGAAGUUACCACCACCAGCCUGGACGGUUGUCGGAUCACCUCUUCUUCCUCCUCCUCUUCCUCCUCCUCCUCGUCAUCCUCUUCCUCCCCCUCUUCUCCAUCAGCAGCAGCAGCAUCAGCCGGAGGAGGAGGCGUCCGGGCGCGCAGAGGAGCCGGAAAGAAGGGGAACUCGGGUUUGAGGCGACCCGAGAAGCCUCCUUACUCCUACAUCGCUCUCAUCGUGAUGGCGAUCCAAAGCUCGCCCACCAAGAGGCUCACUCUGAGCGAGAUCUACCAGUUCCUGCAGGCGCGCUUCCCUUUCUUCAGGGGAUCAUACCAGGGAUGGAAGAACUCCGUCAGACACAACCUGUCUCUGAACGAGUGUUUCAUAAAGCUGCCCAAAGGUCUGGGUAGACCCGGCAAGGGGCACUACUGGACUAUCGACCCGGGGAGUGAGUUCAUGUUCGAGGAGGGCUCCUUUCGCCGCAGACCUCGGGGAUUCCGCAGGAAGUGCCAGGCUCUGAAACCAAUGUACAGGAUGAUGAAUGGCAUCGGGUUCGGUGCGUCAAUGCUGCCACAAAACUUUGAUUUCCAGUCACCUUCAGGCUCACUAACAUGUCACGGCGGCUAUAACCUCGACCUGAUGGGUAAUCCAGUGCCAGGCGGCUUCGAGGGUCUCGGAGGGGGCCACCACGUCCCACACAUGUCAUCAGGCUCCGGGUCAUCGUACAUGGCUGCGUGUCAAGCGGCCUCCAACACGGACUACUGCCCGGACAGCAACAGCAGUCCCAUGCAGUCCUCUCCUGCCAUGCUGGGCUCUCUGGACAGUCAGUCGCCCUAUGUGAACGCAGCCUCUCACUGGAGUUCACCUGGUGUUCCUUCAUACAUGAAGCAGCAGUGUCUGGCGUCAGGCAGCCCCACUUCUUCUGCUCUGCACACAGGGAUGUCCUCAUCCUACUCUCUGGAUCAGGGCUAUCUGCACCAUAACGCAAGAGAUUCCUCUGACAUCCCAGUGGGACUGUCUCGGUAUUCCGGUCACUCGGCUCCUGGGUGUGACAGGAAGGACUUCGUGUUGAACCUGAACGGGAUCUCGUCCCUCCAUCCCAGCAGCGGAGGCUCGUAUUACCACCAGCUCCACCACCAUCACCAGAGCGUCUGCCAGGACGUCAAGCCGUGCGUCAUGUGA